GCUCGUUCGAUAUCUAUUCUGAGACUGUGGCAAAAUGGUUGAAGCUGAGCUUCUGACUCGUGGAUGGCACCUGUCUAAAGAUGGGAUCGAAAGAUGCAAGGAUGGAGUAUCUGCUAUGUCAGUGGAUGCUCUCACAAAGAGGGCAUUGGAUAUUGACCUGAAGCAGAUUGGAUCCAAUGCCCUUCCAGCAGACAGUGGCAAGGCAAAGUCUGACAAGAUCCAGGGGCCCUAUGUGCUGCAGAUUCAGAAAGUUCGUAACGUAGGGGCGCCCAAAGCCAAUGAGGAAUCUUCUAUGGCCCCUACGCUUCUACGACUUCAACUCACUGACGGACAUACCACAUGCCUAGGAGUUGUCAUGGAAACGAUACCUCAAAUAAGUCUUAACACACCCCCUGGUACCAAAGCAUUAUUGAAGGGCAGUGUGGACAUGACCAAUGGAUUCCUCAUGUUAACACCAUCGACCCUCAAAGUCCUGGGUGGGAAAGUGGAGGAGAUGGUGGAGAGAUGGGAGUUGGCCAAGCAACUGGCUCACCAUACAAGAUCAACGUUGGUUGGAGAAGGUGCACCGCCCCCAUGGGUAGCAUUUGGUCAACGUAAUCGGAUUAAAAACAACACUGACAUCAAGCAGAAGAUGGACGGACCAGGCAAGAAGCGCACCCUGAACCUCGACAAGAACCGGGAGCAGACGGAACAGGAUCGUGAGUUUGAGGAGCAGAGAAAAGCAGCCAUCAAGGAACUGAGCCAGGUCAGGGGUCAAGGAGGAAAGAAGUUCGGGGGAGGUGGUACCAAGGCAGGGGGCCAAGAUAACGAGUCAAAGGAAAAUCAAGGUGGAACAAGAUCGAGCUACGAUCGAGACAGGAGAGGACCUGGUACAGGUGGAACUGGUCCUAGUGAAAGCAACAGGAACAGCCAGCCCUUCGGAAACUAUAGAGAACUGAAUUAUGAGAAAAAGCCAGAUGACAAGUCAGUAUCACAGCUUGUCAGCAUGGGAUUUUCUAAGGAGGAGGCUUUAGCUGCACUCAAGAAGCACUCAGGAAACCUUGAAGCUGCUGUUGAUUCUCUGGUUAGUGGGGCAAGCAGCCAACCAAGUGGCAGCAGUGGGAUAUCUAACACUAGGAGUACCUCAGACACUAGAGGUACCUCUGACACUAGGAGUACCUCUGACACUAGAGGUACCUCUGGACCACCACAGAGGGGCAGGGACAGGCCAGAGAGAGGAUCAGGGUUCAAAGGUCGGAGAGGAAGGCGUGGCGAAGACGACGAGGAUGAUGAAUUCUCCUCCCAGCCUUCUGCUCCUACAACUCUCUUCGACUUCCUGGAAUCCAAACUUGGUCCCAAAAAAGCAGAAGCUUUUAAACCCAAAGAAAAGGAGAGCAAAGACAAUGUGGAGAAAAAUGAGCGCUCAAGCCGCUAUGAUAGGGAUCAGUCUAAACCAGGCAGGGACGCAAGUGGGAACAAUUACAACCAUAAUGUCCGAGAGACCCCACCCCGCUUCCAGAAGCUGCAAGCCCAGAAACAAGCCCAGAGGCAGAUGGGUGACACUCAGCAGGGAAGCAAAGACAAUCGAGGGGGGAGGCGAGGGGAUAGACCUGAGAGAUUCGAUGAUCGGAGAAGAGAUGGGAAGAAGAGUAACGAAUGGACAAAUGAUAAAGAGGAUGCGUCUCAAGGGUUUAAGAACGAGUCAAGGUUCAAGAAUGAGAGACGAGACGGAGGAUACCAGGAUAGGAACGAGAGAAGGUUUGAUGGACAGUCUCGGAGUGGUGUGGCGGAUGAUCAGAAUGAUAGGGGAUAUCAGGGGAGGGAUAGGAACAACAGAUCAGACAAGUUUCAAUCUGAACGGGGACGGAGCUCCCAGAAUGAUGGAUACCAGAAUGACAAUGGCUAUCAGGGUCGUAGUAAUCGCAGAUUUGAUGGCCAGGGGAAAUCUGGCGAUACAAGCAGGUACAACAGCAACAAGAAUGAUAAUAACACUGAAAAGACCUAUCGACUGAUGGAGAGAAAGAAAGACAAUGGACCGGCACAAGAAGAAAAUCAGUCUACAAAGAGGAGCAAUGGGAGAGAGGCGCCUCAGCAGGAUGGAAUCGGGAAUUGGAAGGGGCCUGGUCAAGAAGAGAAUGCCAAGGUGAAAAAUCAAGUGAAUAUUCGACCGGAUUUCAAGAUGUUGAGCCAGCAGUCACAGCCAUUUAUACCUCAGCAGCAGCAGCAGCAGAUGGUGAGUGACGGAGGGAGGAGGGUGACUGAUGCCGGUGCCAACCAGGCUUUGAACCAGGGAUCUGUGGUGAGGACGAAAGUGAUGACCAACGGACCAGAAAUGAUUCCUCAGUCCCAAAGCAUACCCAUGCUACCAUUCAAGGUCGACGAUCACUGCCUCUCAAAGUACUGGGAAGAUCACAAGUUUUACAAAGCACAAAUUACAGCCAUUCACCCAUCAGGGAAGACUUGCAUGGUGAAGUUUGUAGAAUAUGGCAACUUUGAGGAGGUGUUGAUCACUGAUAUCAUGCCGUGUGCUGAUCAUCCCUGGACUGCGCCUCCGCCGUCAAUAGCUCCAGUUCAUCAUCAACAGCAGCAGCAGCCUCCCCAGCAGCAACCGCCCCAGCAGCAACAGUUCAUGCCUGCAGCCCCGCCCUUCCCCCAACACUACCAACAACCCCCACCUAUACCCCAGCUCGUCGCCGGCCAGACGCCCCUGGUGCAGGAUUAUGGCAACUACGACGGGUCGAUGAACCUGACCCUAGAGUUCCGGAAGGGAGGGGAGGGGCCUUUCAUCCAAAAGCAGGGCCAGGACCCGGGAGGGUUCAGGGGCGUCGACAGGCGAAGCCAGAGACCGGCUCAAGCUUUCUACCAACCUCCACCUAGGAGGUGAUGGAAUGGAUCUUAACAUGAACUUAAAGGAGUCGCAAGAUAGUGGCAGGGAAGAGGAUUGCGUCACUACUCGUUUGGGGGAAUAAACAAAGUUGACAUCACUUUAGGUAACUGCUGCUUUGCCUGGUAUUUAAACAAACAGCUGUAUCUGCAGCAAGUCUUUUGAACAAUAAAAUAAACUUAACAUAAGUCCCUCAUGAAUAUAUAAUGCAGGCAUAUAUCAAUUUGUCUUCUUCUUGAGGAUAGACUCUUUUGCCGAAGCAUAGACAAAGUGGUGUUGGAAUCGUCACUCUGGCAGAAAGGUCCUCACUAAUCUUGUUCUGGGUCCUCACAAGUAUUGGUCUGUGGAGCCCAGGCUGGAGAAUACAGGGACAGUAUAGGAGAGUUUCUGAGCUCAUUAUAUGUCACUAAUUGUAUACUGAAUGUAAUAAUAUUAUAACAAUUUUUUCAAUCUUACUGUCUAAUACAAACCUACAAUUAUGCAUCAUGUCAUUUAUUAUUCAUUGGUUACCAUUAUAAAUGGAAAGAUUAUUCAUUAUAUGCUCAAUUUUGAUUUUGUUCUCAUGUGUUAUUUCACUUCAAUGGUAGAUGGUUGAAUAUUUUUGACUUCCUGAAAAUCCUGUCCUCUCUAUUGUAUUAGUGUUUACCGAUUGUCAUGUGCCUUGCAGAAUGGCAUCUUUUCUCCAAUGUCUAAAGUGUUUAGUUGAGAUUAAGUUAUUACAUGCAGUUACAUGUACAGACUACCACAGUAGAAAGCUAUAGCUGUCUUUUAACAGUGCACAGACUGAAAUGUUUUGUGUCUUUUCAUGCUCUUCUGCCAGUCACAUGAGAUGCACAUGAUUAACAUAAUGGAUUAUCUCUUGCCCCCCCCCCUCUUGCGUACAUUUUCUUACAAUUCAGUUUGAGAUGUUUUGUUGUUAAUCAGUUAUCUAGUUGUCAGAUGCUCCCUACUGCAGGUAGUGAUUCAUUUCCCUCUCCACCAUUACAUUAUCAAAAUGCAGUAGAUUUUGUGCAUGGUAUUCAUUCAUGGUAUUAUGAUGGUAUGUGAUAGCUACAGCUCUGUCCCAGCACUAAGAUCCUUUGGCAAGACAUUAAUCAAUAUUUGCCACACUCUACCCAGGUGAGGUAAAUGGUUACAUGGCAGGACUUGAUUCCUUAAAAUGCUUAUUACUUCAGAAUAAUGACUUCAAGUGUUGCUUAAGUAAAGUUCAUACACAGUUUUCUGCUUUAGUCAUGGCAUGGCACGGUGCAACUUGUCUUUUGAAAAUGUUGAAAAAUCAGUCGUUGAGGUUGAUGGGAGCAUGGUAUUGUAAAACUGUGACUGUGAUAAGGAAUUCCUAUGAAAUCUCUUCUCUCGAGUUCUGAUAUUUAUUAUUGGCAUU